UCAUGGCAUCUGAAGCUAGCUCUGGAGCUGGUUCAAAAACGGAACCAAGAUCUGAAAAUGUUUGAGGAAGGAGCCGGGAGCACACAAUACCCAGCAAUGUUUUUACCCAAUUUACACUGUGAGAAGGAUUACAUUAACGGAACACCGAGCAUUAAAGUUCCAAAUGACACCAAUGCAAGUCCAGCUGCAAUAUUCACAGUUCCUUUUGGUAAACUACUCAUUGUUCUAUAA